CAGUUGACUUUACAUGAUCACCGUCAAAAUGUCCCUUCCUUCUCGUGCAACGGCGGAUCUGAGCGCAAUGCGUUAUACUGCCGUGCACCGCGAAACGCUGAAUCCAUAGCCUUCAUCGUAUGGUUACUAACGUGACCGUUCUUUUUCUCGAAAAGAGACAGGUCAAUCAGGGGCGAAAGCCAAAAGACUCUGGAAACUACGAGAAAAAUGAGUCAACUCGUCGCGAGGUCGGCGCUGCGUGCUCUUCUGUUCGCCGGAAGAUUCGGCGGCGCAAACAGUACAAGUCUCCUGAGGACGGUCGCCGUCGGCACGAUUACAGAAUCGCCGGAGAUGGCCGGACAGAGGUGGAUUCACGACCGUAGCGGCGGAUUCUGCGAUUUCAACUGGAGGAGGAGGAUGAGUUCGUCGGGGGAGAUGGAGAAGGAGAAUCUGGCGGCGAAGACGAAGACAGAGCAAAACGGCGGCGGAGCGGUGGUUCCGAGUUACUGGGGAAUAGAAAAGCGGAAUAUGACUCGGAAAGAUGGCUCUGACUGGCCUUGGAACUGUUUCAUGCCAUGGGAGACAUAUGGAGCAGACUUGUCGAUAGAUAUGAAGAAACACCAUGUCCCCGGGAGCUUUGUCGACAAAGUCGCUUACCGGACCGUCAAGCUUCUUCGUAUCCCGACCGAUCUGUUCUUUCAGAGACGGUACGGUUGCCGAGCAAUGAUGCUGGAGACAGUGGCGGGAGUGCCCGGAAUGGUCGGAGGAAUGCUCCUCCACUUGAAGUCCCUCCGGAAAUUCAAACACAGUGGCGGAUGGAUCAAGGCUUUGCUGGAAGAAGCCGAGAACGAGAGGAUGCAUUUGAUGACGAUGAUGGAGAUCGUCAAGCCUAGGUGGUACGAGCGGCUUCUGGUGUUGAUUGUGCAGGGAAUCUUCUUCAACUCUUUCUUCAUCUGCUACGUUCUCUCUCCAAAACUCGCACACAGAUUCGUAGGCUACUUGGAAGAGGAAGCCAUACAUUCGUACACGGAGUUCUUGAAGGAUAUCGACAGUGGAAAGAUCGAUAACGUUCCAGCCCCCGCCAUCGCCAUUGAUUACUGGAGAUUGACGAAGGAUGCUACGUUAAAGGAUGUUAUUACAGUGAUUCGUGCUGACGAGGCUCAUCACCGAGACGUCAACCACUUUGCAUCCGACAUUCAUGCUCAAGGAAAGGAGUUGCGAGAAGCACCUGCUCCUACCGGAUAUCACUAGAAUAUGGUUUCAUAUAUACAAUACGGAAUCAAUUUAUUUGUACAAAGCUACAAAAUCCCGUGUGUGUGUGUUCUAUAUUUACAUACGCUGGUGCAAAGCUCUUCAUAUGACAAAAACCAUACACAUUUGUGCUCAGUUACAUUAUCCAACUUGGCUGUUCUUUUUUUA